AUGGAACUGGCGGUGAAAGAGGAUGCGUUUGGAGCUCUGCUGGCCGCAGCAGACAGGUUCCUCAGUCUCCUGGUGCUUGAGGAAGAUACGUGCAUCAUCUUCAAGGAUCCGGAUCAACUGCUAGUGACAUGGGAGAAGCUGGCGCGGGUGUUCCAUGCUGCUGGCUACCUCUGCUACCACAAGUCAGUUUGCGAGCACAUCCUGAAGGCGCCAUCCGUCUUGGAAUCGCUCGUCGAGGUCCUGCAGCGCCUUUGGCGCAUGUCACCGCAGGAGAGGGCUACAACGCAGCACGUCCUCUACGAGACGCGACGGCAGCACCGUAUGCUUUACUCGGGCGUGGCCGCAGCCACGCCUCAGCGCAAAAAGAAGCGAGCUCGACAGGGUUUUGGCCACAUCACCAUCCUGGAUGCUUCAGAGAAUCGCCCCUUUGGCCCGCAGGAUGGGGGCCUUGUCUCUGUAGCUCGGAUCAGCGCCCAGCUGCCCUGCCUGCGCCGCCUGCGCCUUGCGCGCAAUCGCUUGCGGCGUGUGGAACGCCUGGGCGACUUGCCAAGGCUUCAGCUACUGGACGUGGCAGAGAACUUGCUUGGGCCAACACCUGGCGCAGCACUCCACAUGAUUGGAAACUGCUCGGAACUGCGCGCCAUUUUCGUGGCAGGCAACCCCUUCACGGAGGCCUCAGAAGAUCUCCGUGCAUACCGGUAUCAACUCUUGGAUUUGGUUCCCUCACUGCGAUUCAUCGAUGGCGAGGCUGUGGGCAAAGCCAGGCCCGGUGUAGAGCUCAACACGCUAAGCUCUACACCGUGUGUGUCUGAAGCCUUCGAGCUGAAUAGCAAAUACUACUAUCCCACGGAGUCUGUGAUGCAAUGGAUGGUGAAGUGGCCAAGCUCUCCUCUCGCCGUGGCAGGUUCAAAGACCUCCUAUGUGACGCCAGGUGGAACUUCUGCUUAUGCUGGCUUUGCAGACCGGAAGCGCCGGACGACAAGUCUGCCUCAAGCCGGGCGCCUUGCACGCAGUGCUUCUGAAGGUGCCCUGGCAUCCAAGCGGCCAAAGGUUUUUUACCUGGAGUCAGAGAUCCUUCGCCAGUUCUUCACUCUCUGCGAUUUCUGUCGACGCCCCCAUGCUGCUCUGGAGGAGCUCCAGCCACUCUAUGCCUGGCUCGUUGCCUCCUUGCAAGACUCGAAGGGCUUCACCUGCAGAGCCCCCAGCUCCCCGACGGGAUUCCUAGUGGCAGCACUGGACAUGAGCCAAGUGUACACGCUGUCGCAUAAGCCGUUGGUGGCUGACGUGCUGCACAGCUGCUUUGGGCAGGGCGACUUCAAAAUAGUGGUAGAAGAAGUUUGUGAAGACGGCGAGGCAGCGGAAGAUGGCUUGUGCACCAAGCGCACAGAGUUUCAGGUGUGGACUCCUCUGUUGCGAAGAUGGUCCGACGUGUUUGCAAGUGUGAUGGGUAACGAUCAAUUUCUGGAAGGGUCGCGGGGCGAGAUGGUCAUCAAGGACUUCUCGGCCCAUGCAGUGGAUGCCUUCCUUCGAUUUCUGUACUCGGGAACGAUUUCGGCGGAUCUUCCCACGCUCGUGGAGGUAGCUGUCAUUGCAGACAAGUACCAGGUUCAGCCCCUUUGUGCCACCUGCAUGACCGCUGUGCGGCAAAAGCUUUUCUCCGAGACAGCCGCGGAGAUUGCCUGCCAGACUUUUGCAUGUGCUGACCGCUUCCACCUUGAGGAGUGCGGAAAAGCAGACCUCCGCCGCCAGGCAAAGGAGCAGAUCCUCAUUGAGCCCCGGCUAGCCCUUGGCCAGCGCUCGUCGCUCAGCGCCUCGCUCCUGGAUGAGAUCCUGAGCAGCGAGUUACUGUGCAUGGAGGAUGCUCAGCUUCUGGGGAUGUUCCUUGACUGGGGCUCAGCCUCAGAAGAGUUUGAAUCAGUGCUGCAGCUUAUCGCAAAGCACGUGGACCUUCACAACAUUCCGGAUUUCGUCUUUGGACAGUCUUGCGUGCGUCUUUCACAGGGACGGAAGGUUGCGCUAGAACGAUUGCGCGAGAAGCAGCCAAGGGAACAAAGGUGCACACGCAGCCAGCAUUGCAUCGAUGUGCUGCAGGAGCUCUAUUUGCAGCAUCUUGAGAUUGUCCCUGAGAGGGUUCCGUUCAUAGGCUAUUGGGUGAACGUUAUCCCCGGAGACUUAGGCCAGGAGUGGCUAAACGGUGGUUUCGACCGACUGCUUGACGUGGCCAGGAAUGGGAAAUUUCUCAGCUUGGAGCAGGGCAGCAUCACCUGGUUUCUGCCACAUACUCCGUUUUACAUGCUGGGCUUUAGCUUCGAGACAUUUAUGCCAAGAGGAGUGCACUUUGAGAUAUCGUGCUCAUGCGACGGCAAAGAUUGGCAUGUUGCCAUGGUCUCAGAAGGUGGUAUACCUGCAGGACAGCUUACUCGGAGUCACUAUCCUCAGUUGGUACAGUGGAUCAAGUUACACGUCAAAGAUGGUUUUUUCCACAAUGAUUUUCAGAUUCACGGUAUUGUGCCCAAGUCACAAGUGUGA